CGCAUCUCCUCAUUCCUCGCUCGCACUCCACGGCACAAACACGUGUCACGCGCUCGCGAUAUCCCUACUUCCGACCCAGUGUUCGUGUUCAGUGACAAUGAAAGCUAUCACAGCAGUGUGCGCGACCGGCGCCUCCGUACCCGCCAUCGCCCACGGGCGCGUUCAGCGGCACCGUGACGGCGAGAACGCAGAGAUACAAAUGUACCUGUCCAAGCUGCAGGACCUGGUGCCCUUCAUGCCGAAGAACAGAAAGAUUUCGAAGUUGGAGGUGAUCCAGCACGUGAUCGACUACAUCUGCGAUCUGCAGUCGGCGCUGGAGAAUCACCCUGGCAUGGAUCAGUUUGACGCGGAAAGCGCGCUGGCGGCGCCGCCGUGCGCCGCGUCGCCGCGGCCGGCGCGCCGCCCGCUUGGACCCCGCGCCGCCCCCAACACCAUCCUCCGCGACUCUCCCGCCGCCCACCACCACUCAAACCAAACGACGCCAGAGAAACAGAAUCAGCCAGACAGGCCGACAUGUUAAGUGGUGUUUAGAAUUAAAGGACAAUAAAAUGAUGGCGUAAAGCUAAAUGAGCUCGUGGUCUCGUGCACGGUGCGGGACGGGGGCGCGGGGGAGCCCGGCCACCCGCCGGCAGUUCCAGUGAACAUCAUCAGACGAUGAUAUCCUAAGUACGAUCUCGUUACGAUCAAUAUACUACUUAUUCUUAAUUUAAUUGUUUCGUGGCAUUACGCGCAGAAGACUUGAGCAUUGCAAUGCAAUCGCCGCCCACGUCGGCGGCUUGUUACGUUAUUAUGUAAAAAGCUUUACUAGUUAUUAGCCCGAUGUAUGUAAUCGUGUUUGUAAAUAUGUUGUGUGGUCGCGAUACUUCACGUUCAGGACUAACACUCCCUACAAAUGUAAACUUACUUUUCUUAAAGCCGAAGUAUUCAAACUGCAUAUUUUAUUUCUAUUCCAAAUUGGGUCUUAGAUUCUUAAUUUAAACGAUGCUUCCAUUUAUAUCAAAGAAGUGAACCAAUUAUAAGUUGGUUUUACUAUUAAAUUUAUUAUUUUUAAGUUAAUUUCAUGAGUGUGAUUUUGCAUGGCGAUUUUGUUGCUAUUAGAUUAUGAGAAUAUUAUUUUGUGAGUACUCAACGCAAAAUGUAAUUUUUAAUUUAUAGUUUGCGUUCAGUACAUAACUUUAUGUAAAUAGUGUACCUAUGUAAUAAAAAAUGAAAGAUAUAAAACUAGCUGAAAAUUAUCGAUUUAAAAACCUAUAUGAUUUAUAUUGAGUAUAAGGUGAAAAUGCUUUAAUUAUCUUAUUACUUAUGGUGUAUUAUAAUUUUAAACAGACUGUUAUAGUUUUAGUUAUGAGGGAUGUUGCUGGUGGUGAAACAAAUUGUAUUGUUGUGAGAUGAUGGUAUGAUUUGCUCGUUGUUUGUAUACCUACUGGAUGUCCCCGGCAGCUACUUGCCUACAGUCACAAAUCGCAUCAGUCUAUGAAACAGUUUCACAAUGUAUUCGUCCAUGAUUUCCUCUUUUUAUUUAGUUUUAAAAAUGUGCACUGAUUUUUUGAUAAGUUCCGUUAAAUGAAUCAAACUAAAAAUAAAAAGAAAACUUGGAAUUUA